AUGUCACGAAUCCUCCAGCAGGGCCCCGACGGCAAGGGCCCGAAUACAAAAGCCUACGACCGUCCGCGUCGUCAUGGCCGUAAUGAUUGGCGAAGACUCAUGUUCCUGGGCUUGGCAGUCUUCAUCAUGAUGGCCGGAUCGUGGAAAAGGGCCCUCUGGCUGGUGCCGUCGCUAGCAGUGCCUGUGCUGUCGGGUGCAUCCUGCAAGUUUGACCUGUACAAGCACUUGGGAAACUUGUCGCCGUAUUUUGUGCCAGACAAUACUCCGGCCUCUUUAAAGUCUGGCGCGCCGCCGGGCUGUACAGUCGACAAGGGCUUCCUUGUGCACCGACACGGCAGCCGUAAUCCUCUGUCGGACGAGGUUGGCGUUAUACAAAACCUGUCAUACUAUAUCAACAACAACUCGGCCCUCUUCUCGACUCCACAGACGGAGCUGCCGGCCGAGUACGCCUUUUUGACGGCGGGCUGGAACAGCACCUUUACCAUCAAUGACCUGUCUGCCCCCGGCCGACAGCAGCUCUUUGACCAUGGCGUGGCCAUGAAGCUCAAGUACCCUGAUCUGUUCACCGACGUUGUGCUUGCCGGCGACCAGGAUCGCGUGGUGGAGUCGGCCGUCUGGUUCAUGGACGGCUACUAUGGCCGUUAUGUCAACUCGACAGCGACUCUGAACCGCAUUGCCGAGGAUGAUGUCACUGUGAGCUGGAUCACCCCAGUCGAUACUUGCGAUGGCUGGGAGUACAGCCUGGGAGGCAGCCUGGUCACUGAAUGGGGUGCCGUCUACCUGCCUCCCAUUGCAAAGCGGAUCAACAGCUUACUGGCUGAAGCCUAUCCGACUGUGAAUUUCACAGCCGCCCAUGUCCACGGCAUGUUGUACGCCUGUGCAUAUGGCACUGCUGUGUAUGGCAUCGACUCAUCUCCGUGGUGUCCCAUCUUUCUCCCAGAAGAGAUUCUCAACCACGAAUACGAGUAUGAUCUCCUGAUGCGAGGUGCCUUUGGCUACGGCUUGCCAGACGACAUGGGCACCGUUGUAGGCAGCCUCCUCGUGUCAAACGUGACCGCGUUCCUUCAGGACAACUCGGGGCCCAACCUGUCGUUGAACUUUGGCCACGACACCACGAUUGACCUCGGACUGACGGCGCUCGGUCUCGCCGCGGACCCGGCAUACCCUCCAGAGGGACCUGUCAAUGCCACACGUGCUUGGCGGACGGCGAACCAGGUGCCCUUUGCUGCACAAAUGUUUUGGAGGAGUCUGUCGUGCGGCGAGGACACCAGGAUCCAGCUGCUGCUCAAUGAGGCCAACUUUGACCUGAGCCCGACUGGUUGUAAGAGCGAUGAAUAUGGGACAUGCAGCUUUGGGGACUUUAUUGCUGCUGACACUGUCCAGGCCGCGCUCAAUGUGACGCACGGCGAUGCGAGAUGGUCGGCUGCAUGUGCUGCAAGUCAAUAA